AAUUCACUUAAACAAAACUAACAAAACAAUUCAAUCAGAAGGUUACACAGUCAGGAGAAUACAUAAAUACAUAAACAUACAUAUAAACAUACAUAUAUAGAUACAUUAAGAGGCAUCUAUAGGCGUUACCUAAACCCAUUGCAUUCUCUACAUAUGAAUUUCCAACUGUAGUCGUAAUGGCGUCUGAGAAUUUAAAUUCAGUGCCAUCGGAAGUCAAAAUAGGUGCAUCAGUAGCCUUUAAGGAGAUAAUAAAGAUUACGUUGGAUAACAAUCAAAAAAAAGUAGGAAGUACUAUAAUUGAUUUUCGUGUACCCCAAGAAGAGUCUCUCAACGAGAAAAGUCCAGAAGUAAAUUUGUCCUCUCCUGGUGGUAAAGUCCCCAUGGAUGAUGAUAGUGCAACCGUCGAAACAGAGACAGAUUCCGAGUUAAAAAAAUCUAUUUCGGACUUAAAAACGGCCAUCAAUGAAACGCAUGAUGAGAAGAACUUAAUGAACGAUCAAAGUCGACCGCUGACCAUAGAGAAAUUUGAAAAGAUUGAACAUGAAAAGCGAAAGCAGAAGAAGGCUUUAAAGCGUUUAGCCCGACAACAAUUUCAGCUGGAGGUGGUAAAUGAAGAUCAACUGUCGUCUAUGGAUGUAAGUUUAAUCGAUGAAAACGAGCUAGCUAAAGCAUCGAUCGUUACCUAUGAUGACCUUUUCCUAUUGGAAUUGGAAAGCUCUUCGUCCAUAUCAACAUCGUCUAGUGAAGGAAGCGAUUCAGAAGUGUCUUCGAUUCCGUUUAAUGGAGAUUUUCUAAAAGUCUUUGCAAAGCUUCCCGAUAUAGAUGAAAUCUCAUCGGUAACGGAGGAACAGACUUCUGUCCUCGACAAGGAUUUGAGUGGCAAAUUCGUAGAUCCCUUGACAGGUGAAACAGAUACAACGACGACCAAUAUGGAUCUGGAUGAUACAGAUUUGCUAGAAGAGGAUACUCAUCAUUAUAUAGAGAAUGAAGAUAGUGAAAUUGAAUUGUCAGAUAUUGUCUUUCCAGUGGAGGAUAAAGAUUUUGUACCUAGAAUUGAUAUGGGUAGAUCUACACCUCAAUUGCGUGGAAUUCGCUCUGAAUUAAAUUUUCUUCGAAAUUUUGAAUUUUCACCGGUCUGCUCGAAAAGUUCAUCGACUCUGGCCGACCAACAGCAAAACCGUAUAAGUUCAUUCGAUUUGGUUAAGCAUUUUAUUGAAAAACUCAUUAAUACUGUUGUCGUUAAUGAAACAACUAAGGAAUCAAUGGAGAAUCUUUCCGUAAAAUUAGACAAAUCUAAACUGAUGAAUGAGCUGUCCGAAGUCUGGACUACAUUGAACGUUGAGAUGAUCUACAAUGAUAAUAUUCAAUUAAAGACGGUUGAAUACUAUCGUCGCAUACAUCAGACUUGGGCAGUUACCCCGCAGCCUCUCAAAUCGGAACUGAUGGAUUAUCGUCGAUAUAAAUAUCUACUUAAUAUCUUGGAUCAUCUUAGACAAAAAGCAGCGUCAACCAAGAAGAGAGUCAUGUAUACCAUUGAUUCCAUAAUUUCCGAGUUGCAAAGUGCUCAAUAUUUUUCCAAUGUGACGGCUGACAAACUCGAGGAUCGCAUGCGAAAAACUAUAGCUCCUUUGGAAUCAAAAAAAAUGGAGCAGUCCCUGGAAGCAGAUAUAAAACAAAUGCAGGAUCUUCGCAAUCAGAUUGGCGAAGAGAGAAUGAAAUUAUUGCGCCAAAAUGACACAUUAGCAAGUUCCCAAAGGCGACUUUUGGAUUAUGACCCUAUAGAGCCAGAUUGCUCAAUGACCCAAUACAUUAAUAUUCAACACGAUAUUUUCAAGUUGGGCAAGCUUCUUGAAGCUCGUUCUAUAUCCUUUGACCGUAUGUAUGAGCGAUUCGAUAAUUAUAUAAAACGUGUGGCCUUCUAUCGUGAGAAGACUGAUAUUACAGCUGCUAUUUUGAAAGAACAAAAGGACAGAUUAAAAGAACUCUACUUGAUGCGAGAUAAAUUACGAAGACGACUAAAUCAACUCCAUUUGGAACAUAAUCGCAGCAUGGCCGAAAAAACUGAAUUGGAACUAAAGGCCGGCAUAUUCCGUAGUCCAUUUCUGAUGUUGGAUUAUGACAAGUGUUUAGAAUUAGUGUCAGAGAAACGUAAAGUAGUUUUGGAAUUGAGGAACAGAGUCCAAAAAUUGGGUAGCCGCUUGGCCAAAAUCUGUGCUCAUAACCAGGCACUUUGCUAAGCAUUUUUUAUACACUUUAGUAAGCUAACAUUUUAACAUACUUAUACUACUUCAAAGGAAUAAAAUGAUUACAUUUAUAAUGCAGAAA